UACGAUAACAUCUUCCUUCGUGACUCCUGCGCCUGCGCCCAGUGUGUGGAUGCUUCGACUCGUCAGAAGCGCUUCGACUCGGCCGACAUUCCCACCAACAUCAGCAUUAGAUCGUUGAAAUACGACGGUGAACAUAUCAUCAUCACAUGGAAGCACGAUGUCUCCGGCUUUGGUCCAGAUCAUCAAACUCGCUUAUCUCACGACUUCCUCAAGCGUGCGCCGAAAAGACCUGUCCACACCGCAUAUUCAGGAGGAAAAUGGGCCUGGACAACUGCAGAAUUCGAGGCGCAAAUGGUCGAUUACGACUACCACGAUUACAUGUCAGACGACAAAGUGCUUUUCCAGCUUCUUCGCCAACUCCAUACGUUCGGUCUGGUCUUUAUCAAGAAUGUCCCCGAGUCGGAGUCAGGGGUUGUUGACACAGCCAACCGUAUCGGGCCUCUAAAGAACACCUUCUAUGGUGACACAUGGGACGUGCGCAGCGUCUCAAAUGCAAAGAAUGUCGCCUACACAGACGUGCACCUCGGCUUUCACAUGGAUCUUCUCUAUAUGCAGCAACCUCCCAGACUGCAGCUCCUUCAUUGUCUUCGCGCGUCUGAGCAAGGAGGCAUCUCUUUGUUCAGCGAUGCUUAUAAAGCUGCAGACCAGCUGCACGACAUGGAUCCCGAUGCAUUCGAGGCUUUGAUGGAACUUCCAGUCAACUUUCACUAUGAUAACGACAAUCAUCAUUAUUUCCGUAGGAGACGGACUUUUCAGCUACGGGAUGGCUUUACAAAGCCUGACAAAGGCGCUAAAAGAGCCUUCAAUAGUCUGGAAGCCGUCAACUGGGCACCUCCGUUCCAGGCACCUUUCAGUCACACUGAUGGCAAUGUGGCACUCGCUCAAAAUGUCCGACAGUGGCAUACAGCUGCACAACUGUUCAGAAAUUUGACAGAGAUGAAGAGCGCAGUGUAUAGACGUCAAAUGGCGCCCGGUGAGUGUGUCAUCUUUGACAACCGUCGUGUGUUGCAUGCCAGAACUGCUUUUGCUGGUGGGGAGAGAUGGCUUCGAGGUGCCUAUCUGGACGAUGACCCGUAUCUGAGCAAGAUCCGAGUGUUGGAGAGGACUUUUGGUGAAAUCCAG